GUCUACAUUUAGUCGAUAUAUAUAUAUAAAAUAUAAAAUAUUUAUUUUAUAUUUUAAAAAAAACUAAACCAAUGAUUCAGUAGUUUCUCACAUGGUUGUGGAGGAAUUUUUGACCCACUGUUUGCAAUAUUUACAAUAUCCCUUCAGUUCAUUUUGAGGUUUGCAGGUUUUCAGCUAUGCACAGCUCUUUUAAGGUCCCACCACAUUUCAAUCAGGUUGAUGUCUGGACUUUAACCGUGCCAUUGCAACACCUUAAUUCAGAGCUGCGGAGAGGGCUCUGUCAUGCUCUACAAAUUAUGUCAGUCUUGCCCGACAUCGCUGCACAUGGGAACAAUAAACAGUCAAAACUUAACUGAAAUGUUGUGCUGAAAAAGUAUACCAGCAACAGCCAUGAUACAAACAUGAUAAUCUAUUAUAAAAAUACUACAUUUUUGAUGUUCUUGCAAUUAAAAAUGGUUUGAUGUGUACACCUAAUAUGUGCAAGAUAAGUUGUAUGCACCUGUUGCCUGAUGAUUUACCAUAAUAUUAUUGUAAUAGACAGAUGUCACCUACACAGCCUGCUUAUUGUUCUUCCUUUAAACAUUAAAACUGAUUUAUCACCAGCAGAAAUCAUCUGCUGGUCAGGCUAUGCAUUGUGUGGAUAAGCAUAUGUUUCUUAUAUGCAGCAAAGAAGGCAGGUGUAGUUUUUGUUUUUGUAACUAUUAAAUAUCUCACGUUAUUUUUAUGAUAAAUAAUUUUACAAGCACCUCGACUGUGGGGACUUAAGGGGCUCCGCCUUGGGGACACUGAUUCACCACUUCUGUAUUUCUAAAGUCCUGGUACAGCCCUGCUCACACGAGCUGCUGCACGCACGUGUGCGUUCAAAGGGCUCCAGCAGCUUUCCAGCGCGCAGGUGCUAAAAGUAUCAGAGAGGAGCCUCUGACCUGCCAUCUCGAACCGCACACAACUUUAGUUUGUCAGUUUCUUGGUUGGUUUAAAAUGUUGCAUCUUCCACAAUAACCGCACCCAGAAGCAGAAGUCCAACAGAUCUCCAAGAUUUUUCCACACUUAGACAAAAGUCUGUUAUGGAAGUGCAUUUUGGACAGACUCCGCUCACCGUUACGCAGAGGCACGGUGGAGUCAAUCAGCUUGGUGGUGUCUUCAUUAACGGCCGCCCGUUACCUCACGUUGUGAGACAGCGCAUCGUGGAGCUCGCGCAGCAGGGCGUGCGUCCCUGUGAGAUCUCCCGCCGCCUGCGCGUCAGUCACGGCUGCGUCAGCAAAAUACUGGCCAGGUACAAUGAGACAGGAAGCAUCAGACCCGGACUGAUCGGGGGCUCUAAGCCCAAAGUGGCCACUCCCCGAGUUGUGCAAAAGAUCCUGCAACUGAAACACCACAACCCCACCAUGUUCGCCUGGGAGAUCCGAGACAGGCUGCUGCUGGAGCAAGUGUGUGACCAGAACAGCGUGCCCAGCAUCAGCUCCAUCAACAGAAUCAUCAGGAAGAAAGUUCAGUCCGAAUCUUGUGAAGCUGUGUCCUCAGCAUCAUCAGUUGCCAUGGGAACAGCCUGUUCCUCCCCAUCCAGCUUUUCCAUCAGUGGGAUUCUGGGAAUCUCAAAAUAUAGCUGCAAGCUACCAGAAGCGGGGGACAUCUCCCGCAGUGUGUACCAAGACCAGCCGUGUUCAUGUUAUGACACCUGGGGACAGCCUGACCCCUGCAUGAUCUCUCUGUCCAGCUUAACCUCUUAUACAAGCCUGCCAGCUAAUCCAGAAAUGGGACCUUUGUGUCAGUGCAGCUGAAUAAGGAGCCUUGAGAAGAAAGAAUAUCACCGCUUUAGUGCCACAAACAGGAUGACUGCAGAACUUGUUUAACUGUAAUUAUAUUUAUUACUGUCACUGAGAUAGAAAUCUGGAUCAUAAUCGAAAACAUGUGGAAAUAAAACCAAGAUAACAAGCCUCA